AGAAAAAGUAUCAUUUUUCUUCAUAUUUUUCUCUCCUACCUUGUUUUCUCACAUGGUAUCAGAGCUACUAAGCUCUUUUACCUCUUUUCACUUUUUGAUUUUCUGCUUCUAGUUUGCAUCGACAGUAUUGUGAUAUACUAUUGUUUUCAUCCAGUAUUGUUCCAAGUUUCUUGUUUUUGCUUUGAUUGUGUCCACUUGGCCAACAUUGUGCAUUCAGAAUUGCUUUCCGACAGUUAACUGUUACUGCCCAAUUCUGCAUCAGUCUCUUUUGAUUCGGUCAGAUUUCUUUACAUAAUAUCUUUAUUUUUUCAUGGAGAAAUUUGAUAUUUCACACCCAAUAUCAACUACUCUCAAGGGCUCAAAUUACAUACUCUGGGCUCAAAGUAUGUGUAGUUUUUUAAAGGGUCGAAAAUUAUGGCGGUAUAUUACUAGUGACAUUACACUUCCACAGAAGGUUGCUGAUGAGACAAAUAAGUAUGUUGACCGUUUAGAGGAUUAGGAUAGCAAAAAUCAUCAGAUCAUCACUUGCUAAGGAAGUGUGGGAUUUACUUUCAACAAGGUAUACCACUUCUAAUUUAUCUAGUCAAUAUCAAUUGUGGGAAGAGUUACACAAUUUGAAACAAGAACAAGGAGAGUCCGUUACUAGUUUUUAUGUUAACAUGGAGGCUAUUUGGGAUCAACUUGCUCUCUUAGAACCAACUUUCAACGACACUGCUGAUAUUUGGAAGUACAUUGAGUAUCGUGACAAAAUGAGGUUAAUUUAAUUUCUUAUGGCACUUAUUGAUGAUUUUGAACCAUGCAGAGCCUUUUUAUUGCAUCAGUCUCCUUUACUUACCUUGGAUAGUGCUCUCUCACGAUUAUUAUCUGAUGAAACUCGUCUGGGCUUACUUAAGCCUCAACGAGAUAAUAUUGUCGCUAUAGCUAUUAAUAAGUUUCCUUCGAGUAAGAGAGGAUAGAAGCAUUAUCGUCACUACAACAAAUACGAAGAUGCUAUAUAUGAAUGCAGUCUAGUAGAAUGUCACAAAUGCAAGCAAAAAGGCCAUAUUGCUCUUAAUUGUACUACUUCACUACCUCAAAAGUCUGAUAUGUGGAAGACUCAAUCAAAGCCUGAUCAGUCUUCCAAGCCUGUGGUUGCUGCAGCUGCUGCCAAUGAGGAUACCUCAGUCCAUCCUUCGCUUGGUAAUCUAGAAACUCUUCUUAGACAAAUGAUAUCAUCUUCCUCUACAUCUACUGCCUUGCCUACCACCCCAAGUAAAGUUUCUUGGAUUUUUUACUCUAGUUGUUGCAACCAUAUGACUUCAAACUCUAAAAUUUUUUCUACAUUAACCCCUAAUACCACUACACCUGCAAUCCAUACUAUUGAUGGUUCACAAAUGCAAGUUAGCCAAUAUGGUCAAGUUUCUACUUCUACCCUUACCUUACCAAACACUUUCCUAAUACCAAAACUUACUUUCAAUCUUAUUUAUGUGGGACAACUGUGUGAACUUGGUCUUGAACUAAUAUUUUCUACUAAUGGUUGUCAUGUGCAGGAUCCACAGAUGGGACAAAUUCUUGGGAUAGGCCGUAAAGUUGGACAUUUGUUUGAGCUCACCUCCUUGCACAUCCCUUCUAGUUACAUUUCCCAGUUGUGUGCAGUCUUAACAUCUUCCUCUUUACACUUGUGGCAUCUUCAUCUUGGUCAUGCCUCUAUUAGUAAACUUUGUCCUUAAUUCAAAAUGGGUCUCUAGGUUCUGUUAAAGAAGAGUCUUUACAUUGUGUCUCAUGUCAAGUUGCUAAAUAGCCUGCUUUAUCUUUUAAUAAAAGUGAUUCCAUUUC